AAGAGGUGGAAAAGACAAACAAAAUUGUAGAAGAUCAUAAGGUUCAAUGGAAAACAUAUGGUUGUUCCAUUAUGAUGGAUAAAUGGACAGCAAGAAAUGGGAAAAUGAUCAUCAAUGUUUUGGUGAAUUCUCCAAAAGGGAGUGUGUUUCUUGAAUCUCAUGAUGCUAGUGACUCUUCUACUGAUUCUAAUAAGAUGUUUAACUUAUUUGAGAAGACUAUCUUGAAAAUAGGCAAGGAAAAUGUGGUACAAGUUGUGACUAAUAAUGCAAGUGAGAAUAAAAAAGCGGGUGACAUGUUGAAGGGAGUGUUCCCGCAUAUUUUCUGGACUCCUUGUGCUGCUCACUGUAUCAACUUGAUGUUUGGUGACAUUUUCAAAGAGGCCCCGUAUUCUACAGUUUUUGGUAAGGCUGUUAAGAUACAUUCUUAUAUCAGUCAAAGGGCACUGUUGUUGAAUAUGAUGAGGAGAUACACAAAGCAAAGAAACUUGGUAAAACCUGCUAAGACAAGAUUCGCAACAGCUUUUUUGACAUUGCAUAGUUUUUAUAUGCAAAAGAAAAAUCUGAGAACCUUGUUUAUGUCCACUGAAUGGAAUGAGAGUGUCUAUGCAAAGGAAACUCUUGGGAAAGAAGUUGCGAGACACAUCAUUAGUCCAUAUUUUUGGAAUGACACUGUUCAAGCACUUAGAGUUGGUGGUCCUUUAGUUAAUGUACUUCGUAUGGUAGAUGGGGAGAAAAAACCACCAAUGGGCUACACUUAUGAAGUCAUGGAUAGGGCCAAAGAAAGUAUUGAAAAGGCAUUCAAUUAUGAUGACAGGAAAUAUAUGAAUGUUUUCAAAAUCAUUGAUGCAAGGUGGACGGAUCAACUUCAUCAACCUUUACAUGCAGCUGGACAUAUUUUGAACCCGGGGCUCUAUUAUAAAAAUAAUGAGAUGAAGACUUUAACUGAAGAAGUGUGGUUGGGAUAUCAUGCAUGUGUUGAGAGGAUGAUCCUAGAUAAAACUUUGCAAGACAAAAUAGGGUAUGAGCUUGGUGUGUACAUAAAAGCUGAUGGGCUACUUGGAAUUGAGUCGGCCAUUAGAGCUAGAACCUUAAGGUCAUCAGGUGAGCAUUUCAACAUUUAACUGUUAGAGCUUUAACUUUUAAGUUAUUACAUAUUAACUUUUAAAAUAAUUCUUCUACAGUUGAAUGGUGGAUGCAAUAUGGUCAUAAUAUCCCAAACUUGCAACAAUUUGCUAUUAGAGUGCAAAGUUUAACUUGUAGCUCAUCCGGUUGCGAGAGAAAUUGGAGCUUGUAUUAACAUGUGAGAACCUAUAUUACGUUAUUACUAAAUUAAAUGGUAUCUUAGUUGUCCAAAGUCCUCCCAUUAAUUACUUUCUACAAAUUCUAUACAGAUUCAUACUAAAAAGAGAAACAGGCUUGAGUUAAAAAGCCUGAAUGAUCUAGUGUUCAUCAAAUAUAAUAGAACAUUGGUGCGUCGCUACAAUGCUCGCAAUACCAUUGAUCCAAUUUUGUUGGAUAAUAUUGAUGAUGCAAAUGAAUGGUUAACUAGAGCAUCCCAAAAUCAUGAAGAUGAAGAAGUAUAUGAAGGAGAAGGUCUCACUUAUGGUGAAGUUGCUACGGCUAGUGGUGUGGAGGAGAAUAUUUAUGGUUUUAGGGGGAGUACUUUAAGGGGCAAGGAAAAAAGAGUAGCUACAGGUUCAAGUUCAUGUUCAAAAUCAAAUAGAAGUAGAACUCGUGUUGAUGAGUCCUCCGAUGAGGAAGAAGAUGAGGACCAAGUAGAAGUAGAACCCUUGUUGAUGGCACUUCAAGAGUUUGAGGAUCUUGUUGAAGAAUAGGAUUUUGCUCUCUUUGUGAUUUGGUUAUGCAUUUGCUUUAUAUGUUGUUACUUAUGAGGAUUAUUGACUAUCUAGUUACUUUUUAAUCUAAGUCUUUUGAGUUCUUGAUUAUUUAUCUAUGCAUAUUUUAUAUUUUAUAUUUUUAUACUAAAUAGCGUUUUUUCUGAAAAAAGCAUGCGCUUCGCUUCACGCUUCUCGCUUCUGUUAAGCGAGCCCCCGUCGCUUUUUUCCGCUUCUCUCUUCUCAAAACACUGAUCCUUCUGAUAUUUCUAAAACUGCUUUUCGCACUCAUUCUGGCCAUUAUGAGUAUGUUGUCAUGCCUUUUGGCUUGACUAAUGCUCCAUCUACCUUCCAAGCUGCCAUGAAUGAUCUUUUCCGCCCCUACUUGCGCAAAUUCAUCCUUGUCUUCUUUGAUGAUAUUCUAGUAUAUAGUCCUACUUCCCAGCAACAUUAUGAGCACCUUCGAACAACCUUUAGCCUUCUGUCUAGUUGUUCUUAUUUUGCUAAUCUAAAGAAAUGUUUAUUUGAUCAAACCUUAAAUUGGGUUUCUAGGACACAUAAUAUCAAGUGCAGGAGUGGGGUUGAUCCUGAAAAGGUUGCUG